AUGGAUCGCCCUGAGCGCCCAAAGCGGACCUCCAACGCGUGCAGGCGAUGCCGAUCUCGCAAAGUCAAAUGCUCCGGCACACAUCCCUGCGAUAAAUGUCGACAGCGUCGUCAGGAAUGUGUCUUUGAAGAUGAUCGGAAAAUUGUUGUCUCAGAAGAGUUAUUUCUAUCUCUAAAGCGAAGGGUGGAGGAGCUCGAGUCUACCACGCCACCGAGGAAACGGACUCGUACUUUGGAGAGCAGCAGUGUGGGUGAAAGCACUUAUGGUAACACGGGUGCAACAACAGAACGAACAUCCGAGACACCCCAACCGCCCACCCCUGAACAAUCCGGGGGCAGUCGAUAUGAUGAACGAUUCGCCUCCAAUCCCCUGGCCUUGGUAUCGCCUGGCUACGUCAAGCAUACUGGCCGCAGGCAGAGACCGUGGUUAUUCCUCGGACCUACAUCUACCUGGUCCUUCAGUCGUCGGAUUCUGAAUACCAUCCAAGCACGCUUGAGUCCACACAGCUCGGCACCGCUACCUCUCGCUGUGGAUGGCGAUGCGUACCAACUUCAGUGGCGACAAGCCAGCUCCGAGGAGCUUCCUGACAUCAGUGGACUACCCUCCCUGGAGCAUGCACUGUAUAUACUGAACGCGGUUCAGUUCCAUUUUAGUCACUUAUACUUGUUGUUUGAUGAAGAUGAAUUUCUUCGCCAUCUAUAUGAGUUCUACGAUAACGCCGAAGUGAAGGUACAAGAGAGCCGUCUCUGGUACGUCCAGUUCUUGAUCGUAUUGGCAUUCGGGGAGGCUCUCUUAGCACCAGUGCGAAAGGUUUCCAAUGCUGCUAGCUGGACGAAAUAUUUCUUACGAGCCAUGUCCUUCCUGCCUGACAUUACGGGCUUAUGGCAAGAUCCUGUUUUAGCCAUCGAGGUUCUUACUCUCAUCGGGCUUUAUUUCCACUCCAUCGACAUGAGAGAUACCGCAUAUUGCUAUUUUUCAUCGCUGAUCGGAUCACCCAACGCGGUCAAGGAUGAUGAGAUAACCACGCCCCUCUCGGAUCCAAAAUUGUGUGGCCAAAAGGAAGCCGCAUUGAGUCUGCAUGUGAGGAUUACACAGGUUAUCACCCGUGUGCUGGACAAUGGAAAGCUGGGCGGCAUCUUCCUCCGGAAGGUUCGGUCGGUGUUGCAGGAAAUAACGGACCUUUCGCGCGAGUUGGAGGAUGUCUUCGCGCAUCGGUUUUCAGAUUCUGUCGAGUCGCUAUCUGGAGUCACUACGCGACUGACAUUAUCCUGUCAUCAGUGCAUCAUCGUCACUACUCGACCACUCGUCUUGACCCUCCUCUGGGAGCGACUCAACUGCUUCGAGCAAGGCGACAUAUUCCGAACAUUAUCAUCACCAGUCCAGACCCUUCUGCAAGCAUCUACCGACUCUGCACUAAAAUCCUUGAGAAUCCUCACUGCGCUGCGUGACCAGAGCCUUCUCGAAACCUUCCUCCCCUUUGACCUCGAAAACCUCUUCUCAUCUUUCUUCAUCCUAUCCCUGAUAUCCGCCAUCCUCCCGGACAUCAUCCCAGACCCCAGCUACCGCGACAUGGGAUUCAGUCUACUAGACGACAUGAUCGCUCGGGGAAACCGCGUAGCACAGCUCCGGAAAUCCGAAAUCGUGCAGUUAGAAGAACUAGUUCAGCCGUUGCUCCAGCCUCACCUGCAGCCCCUCACCCCCGGGAGUAGUGCCAAGCAGGUGGGCGAGGAACAGCCGUCAGAGCAGGCGAAUGAAUCCGCGGCUGUUCUACCAACGGGUAUCAGCCCGGCCCUGUCAGUACCAGACGCUGCCGAUGUUGGCCAGGACGAUGAGAUACACUUCGACUGGAAAGAGUGUGGGUUGUCGUUGGAGCAGAUGCUCUCAGUUACGGACCAACUGAACGCGAAUAAUUUGGUCCUGGAUGCUGAACGGGAGGGAUUACAGACUGAUUUGUGGUUAUGGAGUGAUGGGUAGAACUGUGCCCAGGACUUUGGGUCUUUGUGUGUCUUGCACUUUCUCUCCCUGUAAAUAUCAUAUAACC